CUCGUUUCGAUGUCGAAUAACACAAAUACAUUUUAACAAACAAAUAUACAAAGGCGAUAUACGGCACGACAUCUAGUGGCGGAUUGGAGGCAGUGCAUCCAAGUGCGCAUUCAAGUGCCCGAAGCCUGCAGUCAAGAGUGGACAAUCCUCUACACACCCACACAUAGAGGCAAGACUGCGUGUGUGUGAGGCGUGUGUGCUUCUGUGCGAGCAUAUCUCGCUCAUGUGUGUGUGGUUAGUGCGUACUGUCGUCGUAGCAGAAGAGGAAGCAGCAGAAAGGAGCAGCAGACAGAAGACGCAAGUCGCGAUUCCCUAGUCGCGGAGUCCAGGGCAGUAGCCGUAACUGUGACAGAAGAAAAAAACCAGCGCAGCAAAAACCACAUACAACCCACACAGAAACUAACAUACACACAAAAACAGUCAAAAAUGCAACAGCAGCAGGAAUCGGGCGGCGAGGAAAGCUGGCUCGAGGAGCAGUGUCACCAUGAAAUUGACGGCCAGCAUGAUGAAUUCGAACGGGAGUAUGUGCGUCAGCGUGACAACAAUUUAGGCACCGUCUGGGGAGCAUUCCAGGAUUCGGCCACCGCUGUGGCCCAGCUCUAUCGCGAGCGCUCAUCGAACGCAUUUUCCUCAGACACAGGAGCCCUUUGGCUGCCCUUCCAGACCGCAGCUGGCACUGUGACAACACUUUACAAAGAAUCAUGUGAUGGUCUCAAGCGCACUAGCGAUGCUGCUGUACAGUGCGGAUAUCAACGCCGCACACGGGAGCUAGCAGAUUGGGCGCGCAGCAAAAAACGGCGUAUGAUACGCCGGGAGGAUCUAUUGGCCUAUCUAGCCGGAAAACCGAUGCCGCCAUAUAACACAAAUCCACAUGCCAAUCGUCGGUCACCAAAACCAGAGCAUAACCACGGCGGUGGCGGCGGACAUUUUUCGACCAGCGGAGGACCAGGCUCUGGCCUGGGCUUUCUCGGAUCUGGCCUGGACCUGCCCGGUGGCCCACUGACAGGAGCUUCGGGACAGCCAUCGCAUUUGUUGUCGCCAGCUGUCGUACAGGGUGGUGGUGGCGGUGCCCCGGGGGCUGGCAUCGGCGAUGAUUUGCACACCUUCAAGGAGGCUUUGGUUUUGCGCCCACGUGGGCCGGAACUAUUUGCAUUUGUUGCCAAUGAAAUAGCGCGUCACUGCAAGCGUCCCGGCAGUCCCAUCGACGAUAAAAUGGAUAUAUGCCACUAUAGCAGUAAACGACAGCGCUUCAUGAAAUCGCCCACUCAGCCACAUUCUCCCCCCUCCUAGACCACAUCUCCGCUAAAGGAAGGAUCUCCACGCCAGUUCUCUGGGUCGGCGUGGUGUCUCUGCCCCAAGCCACAAAAAAAGCUAAAUUCCACCUAAACUGAAAUUUAAAUAAAAAAAAAACAACAAAAAACGCUACAACAAGCAUUACUUAUGCGCAUGGAAGGCACAUAUACUAAAAAAUCAGGCAGAAUAUGAUAUAUAGAAUCUGUGUGUUGGUGGUUAGUAGCCCCGCAAGUUUCUAGCUAGCCAGGUUAUACAUCUAUUAAUACGUAUGUACGUACAUAUAGCUAUGUAUGUGAAUAGGAAACGAUGUUGUAACACACACACACACAAUGCUGUUCUAUUCAGAAUAUGUAACACACACAAACACACACACACAAAUUACUAAGCGAAACAACAAAAUGGGAAAGGCGAAGAGAAAGGAGGAAGGAGGAGUAUCAGAGAGAUGAUGGCAAAGUCAAGCGGAAGCUGAUGUCCUAAGAGAAUAAUGAAAUGUAAUUAUAUGUACUAAAAUUUAAACAACUUAACAAUUACAAAACAAAACAAGCAAAAAAAAUUUAAAAAAACGAAAGCAAAAAACCAUAAAAAAAAUACAGCGUGACCGGAAGCAAAAAUUAUAAGUUAAAU